AUGGGCAGCGCCUCUGAUGAAGAGGCGGUCCAACCGACGAUCAACAUACUGGAAUCGCUGGGCGUGGACUACGAAGUACGCGUCAUGUCAGCGCACCGCACCCCCGAGCGAGUCCACGAGUACGCAUCGACGGCGCGGGAGCGGGGGAUCGAAGUAAUCAUCGCUGCCGCCGGCGGUUCCGCGGCGUUGGGCGGGGCAUUGGCAGCGCAGACCACAUUACCCGUGAUCGGCAUCCCGUUGACUUCAAGCGAGCUCAACGGAUGGGAUGCCCUGCUGUCAACGGCGCAAAUGCCGCCCGGCAUACCGGUGGCGGCGAUGGCAGUCGGCGGAUGGGGAGCAAGAAACGCCGCGUACUAUGCCGCCCAGAUCCUCGGCAUCAAGCACGACGAUAUCCGCGAAGCCGUGGAGCGGUACCGGCAGUCUCUUCGUGAACGUUAG